AAGGAAGGGCCAGAUAACCACAUCGGUUGUUUUAUUUGCGUAGACCGGCACAAGGGGAGUCGAUUUUGGGGAAGAGUUUACUGUAGCCUAUACUGUAUAUCGAGUGAUUGGCAAUAAAGGCCAAGCUCGUUCUUGUUAACACACUAUGUGACUGUCGGUAACUUCAUCAGACAGACUUCAGCAACACCACAGUCAGCAGCAGACGCUGAUCCUGGACCAGCAUUUCAACGUGGAUGCUAUAUUGCAUGGCACUAUUUGACUAUACUGUAGUUUGAGAUCAGUGUGAAAGUCCUUUCUGGAAGUCCCGCCGUUAUUAUCUCCGUUCUAACGUUCGGAGAUGUUUUGGUUCAGGCAAGGACUGUGCUUUCUACCAGCGUUUUUGGUCAUCUGGUCCUCCAGCACUUUCAUUAUUUCCUAUAUAAUUGCGCUUUUCAGACGUGAUGUGGACAUCAUAUUUCCAUAUAUAAGUGACACAGGUGCAACCCCCCCAGAGAGCUGCAUCUUUGGCCUGAUGACAUUCAUCUCUGCAUGCGCAGGAAUAGCCACCAUAUAUGCCAGGUACAAGUUGGUGGAGAAGCUGAGUGCGGACACACGGGUGGUGAGCCCACAUCUUAAUAAAACUGCUCUUGUGGUUGGCAUGUUCUCCUGUUUGGGCAUGUGUGUUGUUGCAACGUUCCAGGAAACAACAGUGACAAUAGUUCAUGAUAUAGGAGCUCUGCUGUUCUUUGUCUCUGGUGUCUUAUACAUAAUCCUCCAGUCCGUUAUAUCAUAUCAUGUCUAUCCAUUUGGGUCCUCCUUGGGCGUGUGUCGAGCACGUAUGGCUAUCGCCACCCUGGCUUUUUUGGCAUUUUUCCCCACUGUCAUCUGUGCGAAUUUUGUGAAACAAGCCACAUUGCACAGAAACACAAGAGACGAGGACUAUCCCUUCUAUCUAGCCAGCGCCGUAUGCGAGUGGAUCGUUGCCUUCAGCUUCAUCUGCUUCUUCCUCACUUACAUCGAAGAUUUCAAACUGUUCACCUUACGGGUGAAAACCGAAUAUGAAGAGUAGCCUUGAUGGGUCUGCAACUUCCAGCGAAACCUUGUAUGAAUAUAAGUAUUUUAAAAAUGUGCUGCAUUUGUUUUUGUGGAGCUUUUAUGCACAUAUUUUGUACACUUGCAAUUUGCACUGCAAAGCUUUUUUUAUAAGAUUUUGUGUUUUGUAUCACUUGACUGAAUGUAUUGGUAGAUUACUGUAAAAUGUAUACAUCUUAAAUAACUGGCUGUCUGUUGUACAGUUAUACAAGAAAAAGCUGAUCACAGACUGUAUCUUUAUACUUUUUAUGCAAACUCAAAUCAUUUUUAUAAGUGUACUCUCUGCAUCCGGUGUUCACACUUUGCACUUUGCUCUUGACUAUUUCCACACCAGCAUGACACGCCCCGUCAGACCUGUGACCAGUAAUAAGAGAAGUUCAUCACACAGUGAACGCAUGAUAGCUACACGUGGUUAAAUGAGAAUACCAAUCUAACUAACACAUUAGUGUGCGGCCACAUGGUGGCUGAUGUUAAAGGAGUAGACUAACAGUGAUGCUGUAUGUAAGUAAACAGAAACCUGAAAUAUGAACUUUAAGGGAUUAUUAUUCAAAUGCUGCCAGUUCCUUAACCAAAGUUGUAUUCCAUGUUUUAGCAGUUUUCUCUACAAAUGAGGUAGAAACAACUCUUUCUAUUGAUGCUCUGAUUCAAAGUUUUGGUUCUACUUACUGUAUGGCACUCAUGUACUAAAUGGUUUCAGCUGAUAAUGCUACAUGGGUCUACAGUGCAGCUUUGGAUGAGGUCUCGCAUUGGUCUACAGCCUGUAGACAGAUAAUGCGAUGGGAAUUAGGUAACUUAAUUUAUUAGUCUGCCAUAAACUGCCAAACUAAAUUGCUGCAAUACAGUAAACAAGGAAUUGAAGCUUAUUAAAAUUAAAGACAAGUUUUCACUGUGCUUUCAGUCAGAAAAAUAAAGCCUUUUUCUCUCUGCCUCAGAGCAGCAAACAGUUUGAAGCGGUGCAACCAUAGUGACUUUUCCUUCUUAAAUGGUUUAAUUUGUAGAAUUUUCAGCGGCCUGAAGAUGCAAAGGUUUCCAGUAUUUCACAUAUAAAAAAAAAAUACUGUCCUGAUUUUUAUGAAACUUGGAAGUGGAAGGUUGUAGCAUGGGCAAAGGAAGAACGGAAGGAAGGAAGUGCCCUUCUCGUUUUUUUUAUUGAGACAAGUGACAUCAAUGAGUAAAAAAACCAAGGGCACAAGAGUAGAGGCUGUUACGCCCUCUGAGAAACAUUUGUGGUUUUGUGAUUCAUUUAUAAAAUGGACUUGACACAUGGCAAAGUAAAUAAAUACUCUUGACAUACGGCCAGGCUGCUUGAGAUGUUUAGAACUACCUUUAAUGGGCUCCUCUCACAUGCUGAGAAGGCUUGUGACAAGUAGGACGAGAAAAUGGUUGUGUCAUAGUGUUGGCUCUUGCUAUUUGCCAACUUAAAGAUCACAUUUUAAUAUCAGCUGAUAGAUUUCACUAGCCAGUACCAUUGGAGCAUUCCUUUACAGAUCUUUGUCUAUAAGUGGUGAUUAGUAGAUGGGACUGACAUACAGUAUUCCAAAGAGAAAGUCCUGUGCUGUAAUGGUGAUCACAUGAACACCGGUUAUUAACUCCUCCACUACAGAUACUGUAUUUAUAAGGGAUAUUUUUGUUUUAUUCAAUUACUAUGUAUUGGUAUUGUUUUGCUUGACUGCUGAGCUGAAAAAUAAAGAUACACUUUUUUACUGAA